AUGGAAAUAUUCGGCAGUCCUCCAACGAAUAUAAACGCACUCUCCCCGUCAUCAGCUGCCCGUGAUCCCCGGGUACAGCUUCCCACAACCACCGACCCUCCGGGUCCGAAUAAUCCUCCCAAACAGCUUGUAUGGCUUAUAUUCGGCGCAACAGGUCAUAUGGGCCGUUCUCUCGUCAAAGCUGCUCUGCUGCAUAACGACCUUGUAGCUGCUGUCGGCCGCACAUUCGAAGACAGCCACGAAUCAAUGCAGAGAAUGCAAACCGAGAAUGAAAGCUGUCUAGGACUAUUAUGUGACGUUCGUGUACGCGAGACAGUCAGUGAAGUCAUUGAUCACGCAAUUGCGCAUUUCAGUCGCAUCGAUAUCAUCGCAAACUGUUCCGGCUACGGCGUCAUUGGCGCCUGCGAGGAUCAGGAUGAUUAUGAUAUUCGCAAUCAAUUCGAGACUAAUUUUAUGGGUACUCUAAAUAUAAUUCAGUUGUCUUUACCGUAUUUUCGGGAUAGAAAGGCCGGAAGAUAUGUCAUUUUCAGCUCUACGUCUGGAGCUCUUGGUGUUCCGGGAUUGGGGCCGUACUGCGCGUCAAAGUACGCUGUUGAGGGAUUGGUUGAGAGUAUGUUGUACGAGAUUGACAGUUUUAAUAUCAAAGUUGCUUUGAUUGAGCCGGGUCAUGUACGGCGUGACGAUGUCAAUACAAAGCUGACUCCGAGGACAUGGGACGAUCCGCCAGCUCAGUUGCCUGCGUACGGGCAUUUCUUCAUCAAACCUACGAGUGAACCAUAUCGAACUCAUUCCUCCCCAGCAGCACAUGCGCGGCGAUUGUUGCUUUGGCUGGGGGAUAAACAGCCUGUUAGUGCUGUGAAAGCGGCAGAACUAGUAUGGCAGUUGGGUCAUUGCUCGUUUCCUCCACUGCGUUUAUUGCUAGGGUCCUAUGCGGUGGAUAGUAUUCGUGAUAGACUGCGAUGCAUUACGGAGGAGAUCGAGGAUUGGAAAUAUUUAAGUUUCCCCCUACCUGGCGAGGCUGUGGGCGGGCCUAACACCGAGCAAAAGAAGUCACCAGCUUACAAGAGUGAUGAGAAUGAAGACGGUCCUGCGACGGCUACAUCCAACUAG